AUGGCCGUUCAGUGCCUACAAAUAAAAAUAGUAGCAAAUAAACCGCAGACUACGACUGAAAAGCGAGACAUAGUUAGCUCCCAUGGGCCAACAACCUUGAUCGGACCGAUGAGGACCGCGAUCAUGUUAAGGAAUCGUAUAGGGCAUGCAUGGAGUGAGUAUAGCAUCCCUCUAUGGAGAAGAUGGGCUCAAUCUUCAAGCAAUUGGUAUCGGACGAAGACAGCUUGGACUCCGGCAGCAGCCAACUUGCACCGGCUCUACACAUCUUCUGUCUUUCCACGGUUUACCACUUUCGCUUGCGGCCCGUCGUUUCGUAACCUUAGCGUUGAUGUAUUCAAGCCUGUUCAUUUAAUUGCGACAUGGUGCAACCAAGGUGUUGCUAGCAUUCGCUAUGCGAGUAGCGAGGCCAAAACCUCUCCUAAUCAUGCAGAAAAAUUGGUCGAUCUUCACGGUAAACGAUGUCCUGGAUGUGGAUCUAUAUUUCACUCACGAAACGAAGAUAAAUUUGGCUAUAUUUUACAGCGUAAAUUAGUGGAUGUGCCUGCCAGUCAAGUAUCGUCUAUUAUUUGUCAACGAUGCUUUUGCUUAAAUCAUUAUAAUCAGGCUCUAAAUAUGAAUGCACCUGAAGAUGAUUGGAGAAAUCAUAUACAAAAGAUUCCGAAGGAUAAAUGUAUUGUCAUGCUAGUAGUUGAUAUCUUUGAUUUUCCUGGUAGCAUCUUUCCAAAUCUAUUAGACAUCAUUGGGUAUAAAGUACCCAUACUUUUAAUUGCAAACAAGAUGGAUGUCCUUUUAGAAGAUGGCCCUGGACAUAUAGAACGCAUUCAAACUAUGGUCUGGGAAGGUUGCAAAAAUGCUGGAUUAACUGAGGGUAACCUGGUAGAUAUUUGUCUAGUCAGUGCUAGAAAAAAUCAAGGCAUCAAAGAAGUUGUUGACAAAGUCCUUCAGCACAGACCUCCUCAUGGCGAUAUCUUUUUGUUAGGCUGUACUAAUGUCGGCAAGUCUAGCCUAUUUAAAUCUUUAUUAGAUUACUUGUAUGAUGGAAAGCCCAAAACGUUGAUGAGGUAUCCAACUAUUUCGGUUUGGCCUGGUACCACAAUUGGGUUGUUAAGGUACCCUAUUCGAAAGAAAAUCAACAAUCUAGGUAGAAGGGCCCCAAGAAGAAUUAGAGGCUUAAAGAAUCAGUAUAUUUACGAAUCACCGUAUUUGGAUGACAGUAAACAUGAUGAAGAAUCGAAGCUGAGCGAUAUUAGUACUGUAGAAGGUGAUGAUAUUAUGUUAGCUUCCCAUGAUGGAGUCUUGACUGGUUGGAAUCAUGAAGGCGACGAACGAGGACCAUUUUUUUAUGAUACGCCUGGAGCUAUGAGUCAGAAUAUGUACACCGAUUUGUUAAAUACGAGAGACCUUUCGAAAGUCUUGCCUUUAGGUGGUAUUACUCCACGAACUUUACGCUUACAACCGUCACAAAGUAUUUUUUUGGCUGGGUUAGGUCGUAUAGAUUACAUUGAGGGCCCAAGCCGAGUAUAUUUCACCUUUUUUGCCUCCCGUGAGCUACCUUUACAUAUUUGUCAAACGAUGAAAGCAGAUGACAUUUAUGAUAAACAUUUCGGUUAUUCAUUACUGAAGAUACCCAACAAUAUGAACAAACAAUAUCAAGGUAAAUCAUUUCCUAGACUACAAGGGAAAGAAUUUACUUUUAAGUGCCAUAAUGGAUGGAAGUACAGUUCUGCAGACAUUCUCCUAUCAAGUGCAGGUUUCGCUGCUAUUACUGCUGGCCUAGGUGAUGAAAUUAAAAUUAAAGCAUAUACCCCGAAUGGCCUUGGUUUGAUAUUGAGGCGACCAUCAGUAAUGCCGUAUAGUGUAAACUGGAAAGGAAAACCACAUGGCAAGAAGCAGGGUUAUUAUAAAGGACUCUUCUCGCGACAGAAAAUGAAAGAACAAUUUCCCUUUAUACAAUCAAUCAAUCCUUACACUGACGAAUAA